CAGCAUUCACUUCCCUCUACCACCACUAUUUCAGCGACUCUCACAGCCCAGCCCAAAAUGCUACCACCUCCGGAGAUGCCUACAACCUGGGCCUUUGAAAAACGGCACCUAGUUCAAGAAAUUACACCACCCUCGAGUGUCUCGGAGGAGCAUCAGUUACCAUCGCCGCCUUCAACUGGUGGAAAGCUAUCCUGCCAAGCCAAAGCGGUACUUGCGCAAUUCAAGCAGAGGUACGCUGGGGAAUCCGCGGACGAAGACCCGUGGAAAGAAUAUCAACUUGACGCCGGAGAUUAUGAUGAGAUAGAACGUCGACUUCAGCUGGACGAGAAUUUGUUGGCGUUUGUGGAAAAUAAGAUACGGUACGAUUACAACGCGGAAACGUAUCGACUGGCUAUUCGUAUGCCAACCUCAGUACACGAGCUUUUCAUCGGCUAUGUCGAGAGAUCGAUCGACAGACAACUAAGCGCAAUAAGCAACGGGUCAAGCAAGGAGGCUUUCUUUGCACAGCAAGUACACACCACCCGUUCUUCUACCGUCAAAUUUCGCAAUCGGACCACUCCAUCGGGCCGACAGUCGAGCUGCCAGCCGGACGCCGCAUUUUGGUACAAAGGCGCCCAAGAUCCAGGUGUCGUUUUAGAGAUAUCAUACUCUCAACAUCCAAAGGAUAUUGAGGGUAUUGCCCAUGACUACAUUCAUAAUUCAUCCAGCAACAUCAAGGCCGUUAUUGGCUUGGAUAUCAACUAUGGCAAAGACAGCACGCCCGAAGCGACCUUGUCGUUGUGGCGCCCCCAAGUCGUUGGCGAAGGCAACGAUUGUAAACUUCUCGUUGCACAAGAGAUGAAAGACGAGGCUUUCCGUGAUAAAGAGGGUAAAGCGACAAAUCAUCCGGGUUUCUCGCUGCGCCUCUCCGAUUUCGCUAGUCGCAAAUGGACAAAGGAUGUGAUGAAUAGCAAUGUGCAAAUAGGAAUAUCUGCUGCGCAACUCUGCCAGUUUCUCAAUGACGCGGAAGAUUUCUCUCGCGCCGAAACAGCCAGCAGCGAUGAAGAUUUUCCCACAUACGGUAAGAGGGACCGACGAACUCGCACUCCACCGGAGGAAAUCACCGCAAGCGAUGAGGAAAGAAUCACCGAGUCGGAGGAAAGGGCGGCAAAGCGUGUCGCACAUGACGAUCCCGAGUAUAAAGGCAGCAGCCAAUCAGAAGCACGCUAUGGGGGAACUGCAUCGAGCAAAAGGCCAAAACGUGCAACACGUGGCAACCCAGAAUAUAUUGAGGACUAG